UCCAAACCAGUCCUAACAGAUGCACAGCGGGUAGUGUUUGUGUGAAUGUGGUCGGUUAAUAGUUUUGUUGUAUGGCUUUCAUCCGGUAUUUAAUUACCGGAUAAUGUAGUACAAAUGCACAAAAAAGAUAGCUGGAUUUAUUUCAGUUCCAACUGACCUUUAUUUGUAAGUGAAGCGUGAACGUCGAUACUUUUUAGACGAGGCUGCUACGACUGAUAUUUCCCUGGCAGGCAGCAUGGCUGUGAAUGGUUGCAUAUGCAAAAUGUUGGAACAGUCUUUGCGGCUGGAGAGGCGGCACCGUAAGGAAUAUACGUGUGUUUUAGUGUGGACAAUAGCUUUAUUAGCAAUAACGUUAUGGACACAAGAUGUUUCUGCGACUGGCAUAAACUGUGCUAGCGUGCGCUACACUUAUGAAGAAAGAGGUUUUAGUGCUGGUGAAGUGCCGAACGAUCCUUUGUCAGGCGAGCACCUGCGUGUGUGUCCGCAAGGGUUGACGUGUUGCACAGAAGAAAUGGAACACAACCUCAGUGCCCAGAGCCGGCGGGAGUUCGACCGCGCAGUCAGGGACACGCUCAACAAGCUUGGAACUCUUCUCAAACUACGAGCACAGAGGUUUGAUGAUUUCUUCAAGGAGCUGCUGACAACAUCAAAACGAGAAUUCCACGAUAUGUUCAAGAAGACGUACGGCAUUAUCUACGAGCAAAAUUCGUAUGUCUUUACGGAUCUGUUUGAGGAAUUGGAGCGGUACUACGCAAAGGGCCAGGUUGACCUUGGAGAAGCAAUGGAGAACUUUUUCAAUACUCUUUACCAAAAAAUGUUCACUGUCCUCAACGCUCAGUACGAGUUCGAUGACAAAUACCUGGGUUGUGUUGGGGAGCACAUGAAGGAACUGAAGCCCUUUGGUGAUGUUCCUCAUAAAUUGUCCAUUCAACUGAAGCGUUCCUUUGUGGCUACACGAACGUUUUCGCAAGCACUCAAUGUGGCUAGUGAUGUCGUUACCAAUAUGGUAAAGAUCAAUCCUAGUCCUGAUUGUGUACGAGCACUUACGAAGAUGACGGGCUGCCCAGCUUGUCAGGGGCUUCCCGAACUGAAGGCUUGUAGCAACUACUGCAUUAAUGUGAUGAAAGGUUGCCUAGCCUAUCAGGCAGAGCUAGACGCAGAUUGGAACAAUUUUGUUGAUGCGAUGGAGAAGGUCACUGACCGGUUACUGGGCCCAUUCAAUAUUGAGAUGGUGGUCGAACCGAUAGACAUAAAGAUUUCCGAAGCUAUCAUGAACUUCCAAGAAAAUGGUCCUGAAGUUUCACAAAGGGUAUUCAGUGGGUGUGGAAAACCCUUAUUGGGUCGCAGACGUCGUGAUACAACAGAAUUGGAGUUUGAAUCUUUGCAGUUUGAGAGAUCCGAAGAUGCUCAGAAUGGAGAAAGCAAUAUUGUACCCACUCUCGACAAACUAGUCAAGGAUAUCAGGCAAAAGGUGAAGGAUACAAAACAAUUUUGGUCACAUUUACCGUACCAGAUUUGCAAUAACGAUCAUGUUGCUGCUAGCCCAGCCAAGGAUGACAGCUGCUGGAAUGGAGCCAUGAAAGCCAGAUAUGAGCUUCAGAUCACUGGCGAUGGUAUAUCCAACCAGCAGACCAAUCCUGAGGUUACAGUGGAUGUUAAUCGACCAAGCAGUUUGCUCAACGAACAAAUGUUUGCACUGAAAACCAUUACAAGUAAGCUGAAGAAUGCUUACAAUGGCCAGGAUGUUGAAUGGAUUGAUGCUGAAGAAUCAUCAUAUGGAUCUGGGAGUGGCUCUGGUGAUGGCAAUGAUAUUGAAGAUGAUGAUAUGGAAGGUUCUGGUGACUCAGGUCACUUUGGGUAUGGAACUGGUACCGGAUCUGGAGGAACGAGACAGUUCCCUCGCCCACCUAACAAUGACAUGGACAACAAUCUCCAUCCUUUGGGCGCGGAUGGAGGAAUGGACAGGCACCGGCCGAGAAAUAAUACCAGUGGUGGUUCAUCUGCGAAUGCAAGACCGAAAAUAUCUGUUACACGUGCUGUCACAUCGUACCUCCUUCCUAUUGUUGUUAUGUGGUUUGGUGGAAUAUUCUCUGAUUGGCUGUGAUGAACCUCCCUUUUGUUUCAUUAACAUCACAUGAAUUGAUGUAGGCAUGGACUAAAAAGAAGGAUCUCUGUGUUAUAUGUAGGUGCGUGAGUCAUCUGGAUUCGAAAGCUGAUCUAGUCCCCAGUGUGCAGUUACAUCCGAAUGUGUCAAGGAAAAAAUAACAGGCAUUCAGAAGUUCUUGCAUAUGUUUUCUAUACUUGUAAGUCAGUACAUUCCAAAUAAGUUCUAUGUUAGAAUAAGUGUGUAGUGACAUGGAAUACCAUGCAGUGUGAGAUUUGGUGUUCUCAUGCUACUGAAUAUAAAGGUGAUUGUCUUCUGGGAUGUGACACUGUGUUGUUUUGUGGGAAAGUGCCAGCAUUUCAGAGGGACCCACUACAACCAUCUUUGUUGUAGCCAUGAAUCUGGAGGCAACAGAUUCCUCUGAAAUGUUGGUAUCUUUCUGCCAGAGUGCAUGAUGCCCCAUUCCACAAGACAGUAAUCUUCAACACAAUGCAAAAGAAUCACACACAAAAUUUAUAUUUCUUUCACAAUUUGUGCUUGUAGCCCAUAUAAUCUAAGUGAAGAAAUACUGCACAAGUAGUUGCUACCAGUGCUGUGUAUUUAUGGGGUCUGCCAGUUACAGUGAACCUUUCUCAAUGCUACGCUGCAGAGGAUUGGUGAAUAAAUUGGAACUUCUUCUAAAGUCGAGUUUCAUUACAUUCUUUCUUGAAAGUAACAUGUAAAAUAAACUAUAAACCAGUGAUGUUGGGAGUAUCUGGGCUGUGCACCAUCAAGCAGUGGGGUAACUGGUGAAUGUGGCAUUGGAAGGGAUUUUCAGGUAAGCCUUCAUGAUCUAAAUUCCUGGAAUUUGUCUGUAGGGACUUAGGAAAACCAUGAAACUCUCACUAAGGAUAAACAGUGGCCAGGCCAAGAUUCGAGCCAAGCACCUCCCGAAUGCCAGCCCAGUGUUCAGUGUCACAGCCUAAACGUUCUUGUAACUUUUCCCUGAAGUCCUGCAUAACUU